AUGAAUGUUCAAGACAGAAGGAGGUUAUUAGGCCCUGCUGCUGCCAAGCCAAUGGCGUUUAGCAACACUACUACUCAUGUGCCAGAAAAGAAAUCAACAGAUUUGACACCUAAAGGCAAUGAAAGUGAACAGGAACUUUCUCUACAUACCGGUUUCAUCGAAAACUGCAAUGGAUCUGCAUUAGUAGAAGCUAGAAGCUUAGGACACCAAACAUCGCUCAUUACCGCUGUCUAUGGACCACGCUCCAUUAGAGGAUCCUUCACAUCUCAAGGUACUAUAUCUAUUCAGUUAAAGAACGGUCUUCUGGAAAAAUAUAACACAAAUGAACUGAAGGAAGUUAGCAGCUUUUUAAUGGGCAUUUUCAAUUCAGUAGUAAACCUAUCUCGCUACCCCAAGUCCGGCAUCGAUAUCUUCGUUUAUUUAACGUAUGAUAAGGAUCUUACAAAUAAUCCUCAGGACGACGAUUCGCAAAGCAAAAUGAUGUCUUCUCAAAUAUCAUCUCUCAUACCACAUUGUAUCACUAGUAUAACGCUAGCCUUAGCUGAUGCCGGCAUCGAAUUAGUGGAUAUGGCAGGUGCCGGUGAGGCCAAUGGCACUGUCGUAUCAUUCAUCAAAAAUGGAGAGGAAAUUGUAGGUUUUUGGAAGGAUGAUGGUGACGAUGAAGAUCUUUUGGAAUGCCUUGAUCGUUGCAAGGAGCAAUAUAACCGUUAUAGAGAUUUAAUGAUAAGCUGUUUAAUGAACCAGGAAACUUAG